AACUCUCUUCCCCCCCACCUCCCCCAACUCUUCCUUUUUAUAAAUCCCACCCGGAAAAGUCCUUCUCCCUCACAAACGAGUCCUCCCACAGCACGCAACCUCGGCAGAGAGAGUCCACGAGUCGCCAUGGCGAGCAAGCAGAGCCUCCUCGUCCUCGCCGCCGUCGCCGCCUGCCUCCUCCUCCUCCCGGACGCCUCGCUCGCCACCGACGUCGACUACUGCAGUAGGGGCAAGAAGUACCCAGUGAAGGUGAGCGGGGUGGAGAUCGUGCCCGAUCCGGUCCAGGCCGGCAAGCUGGCCACCUUCAAGAUCUCCGCUUCCACUGAUAAAACUAUCCAGAAGGGGAAGCUGGUAAUUGAUGUUAAGUAUUUCUUCUUCUAUGUGCACUCGGAAACUCGCGACAUCUGUGGAGAGACUACCUGUCCAGCAACUGGUAACUUUGUGCUCUCUCAUGAGCAGACACUACCAAGCUUCACUCCACCGGGUUCUUACACCAUCACCAUGAAGAUGGUUGGGGACAACAACGAGGAACUGAGCUGCAUCUCAUUCGGGUUCAGCAUCGGGUUCGUCGCCUCCAGCUGAAUGGACGCACCUUUUAUGAGCACCAGAAGUUUGCCAUGGAUGUAAUUAUGAACCACACUGUAUCCUACGACUCCCGGUAGUGUUGAGGUCCAUGUAGGCUUUGUGGGUGUCGCGAAACUUACUGUUCAACUAAGACGUUUUUUAUCCAGAGUUGAACACCGCAAUAAAGCAAAAAUCUGGUUGUCAUGAAA